GGGGACGUAUCAACGCUUUCAACAAGGGCGCUGAGAGGUUGUUUGGCUACACUGCUGAGGAGGUUAUUGGGGAGAAGAUAGAGACGCUCAUGCCUGCGGGCAUCGCCAAGCAUCACCAGGGGUAUAUUGAUAAGUUCUUAAAGUCAGGGCAGCAGGCUACCAGUAGGGCUGUGGGAAAGAACCGUAAGCUAGAG